CGAGAACCAGGCCAAGUUUGUGCAUCAACGGGUCGCUGAUGUGGAAAGCUUUUUCGGUGAUUUGUGUGCGGAAUUGGUCAGCUACACGCGCCGCACAGCAAAAUUACGCAACAACGGUGAUGAAAUCGCACGAAUCCUGCUGGACUACUCUGUAAAGGAAAAAAUCAAUCGCUCUUCCGCGGCCACACUGAAGAAGUUAUCGGAGAAUUUGGCCACUCUUGAAGAUCACCGUCACACCGAGGUUGAUCGAUUAGUCGGCAAAGUUGUGAAUCCGCUUGCCAGUUAUGGCGAUGAGAUCAAAAAGAUUAAGACCUACUUAAAAACAGAGAACGCAGCACGCAAGAGAGAACUUGCAAGUCGAAAGAAACUGGAGCGCUCCAGUACAGCAGAGCAGUCUAGGCAG